UUGACCUAAUUACGGCCCCUGCGUGCGAAGAAAUUUUGCAUAGCAAAAAAGGUCGCAUUUCCUAAAUACUGGCUCACUUAUUGGCUAGAAAUACAAUUUGCGAACGCAAUAGUCAUUCCAGGGAGAUUUUAAACCGCCAAGAUGUUAUAUUGAUUGUUGCUGUGAAUCGCAAUACGACAUUUUUCUCACUAAACGUUGUCAACAUGGCGGUCCAUUUAAACGUUUAGAGUUAUUGCCCUUGAUCCCAUCGGAGAAUGGGAAUGGAGUUCAAUGCACAGUGUUAGUUGAAACAAAAUGAUUUCAUUACCCGGAGAGGAUUUUAUUCGCAUGAAGAUAUGGAACAAUCGACUAAGUUGACGCAAUCCAGACUUGUAGCCGCAACUGUCUUAGAACCAAAGGAUGAAUUGAGCGAGAGAUUUGAACAGUGCUACAAUGUCGUUCACAAUAUUCGAAAUGGAAUGUCCGACAGAGAGGCAAACGAUGCACUCAAUUCGUAUGUAUCGAAAGGCUCACCGCAGCAUGAGGAAGUACAACUGGGUUUGUUGUAUGCAAUCCUUACUGAUCCAACAGCAGCUGUCAAGAGUUAUCGGGACAUGACUUUGAUCAGUCGAGAUGCUAUGUCCCUUGUCCUCAGACAUACAAAUCAGAUAAUAUUUGAGAAAUGGUUGAAGCUCCUGGACAACACUCGUGUUCAGGUGAUCUGGCUGUUGAGAGCACUGGUAAAAAGUUCAGUGAAUGGAACAGAAAGUGUUUGUUUGAGUCUUCUCCGACAAAUAGCUGGUGGAGAUGUUUCUCAGAAGAAUAUCUGGCUUACAGAGAAUAUGCUUGAUGUAUUUUCAGAAAAUAGGACAUGGCUAGACAAGAUCCCGUCUUUGAUAGCUACCGUUGUGUACACAUAUCUGCGAGUUAUUGAGGACCACAACGGACCAGUGUUUGUCAAUUUAAGACAGCGGGAAGUGGAACUCUGUAUUGGUCUCAUCCGAGAAAAGUGGACAGACUGUAUCCACAUUGGACGAGACCUUGUUAGACUACUACAAAAUGUCGCCAGGAUCUCAGAUUUUGAGAAGCUAUGGAAAGACAUGGUACAAAACCCUACAGCAAUUCAUGCACAGUUCACAGGUGUUCAACAGCUGAUGUUAAUGCGCACGUCGCGGAAGUUUUUAAUUAGUAGAUUAACACCUGAUAUGGAAACAAAACUUGUGUUUCUGGUUACCAAGGUUAAAUUUGGGCAGCAUAAAAGAUGUCAAGAUUGGUUCCAAAGACAGUAUCUGUCGACACCAGAGAGUCAGUCACUGAGAUGUGAUCUGAUACGCUAUAUCUGCGCAGUGUUUCACCCUCCAAAUGAGUUAAUCUGCUCAGAUAUCAUUCCACGCUGGGCAGUCAUUGGCUGGUUACUGACCACAUGUACGUCCAAUGUCGCUGCCACCAAUGCCAAGCUAGCCCUGUUUUACGACUGGCUGGUCUUUGAUCCAGAGAAAGACAGCAUUAUGAACAUAGAGCCUGCUAUCCUGGUGAUGUUCCACUCCAUCCGUCCCCACCCUGCCAUUACAGCCACCCUGUUAGACUUUCUCUGUCGGAUAAUGCCACACUUCAGUUUACCAUUAAAAGUGCAUGUAAAACAGGGGAUUUUCACAUCACUGAAGACCAUUUUAGACAAAAGAGUUUUGCAGUCUUUGUCUCCGUUAUUUGACAAUCCAAAGCUAGACCGAGACUUACGAGCUUUAAUUCGAGAAAACUUUUUGGAGUUCUGUUCACAAGAAGUCAAAGAAGAGCCCCUCAACAACAAGGAUGUGAUUGAGAUUGACAACGGUAACCAUGUCGACAAUAACCUGUCGGACGACCAUGCUGCUUUCAGCGAUGAGGACGAUGAUGUGCCGAUAGGUCAAUUAAAGACGUCAGAAACCAAGUUCCAGCCGAUACAGGACACACGUUACCAACCUGUAGACAUCACUGACAUCCUCCCACAGCUGGGCGGGGACCUCCAGGAGUUCACCGAGCAGCUACAAGCAGAAAAGGACCCAGAAAUCCAAUGUGAGAUCAUGGAUAGGAUUAUGCAGACAGUACUAAAUGAAGACGAGUUUGAUCAAGACACACCCACACCCCUGGCCACGUGUCUUUGUGAGAUCAUUAGCAACCAGUUCAGCACUUCUAUAUUUCCUCAGGAGACCGAUGAAGAGUCUUUAGAAGAUUCAAUAGGUUCACCAUUAUUUGUAAUGUUUAGAUUUUUAUGUACGCUGUCAGAAGAGGAUCCCAGCCGUCAACCUGUGUUACAAUUACUCGGGGAAAUGUACAGCAGACAGCCGCGGAUAGGCUACCACCUACUGUACUUUGUUAAAGUUGGGAAAGUAAACGAUGAGAAGAUGAGCUCCUACAAAGAUUUCUGUAAAAGCCUAGACAGCAAGGAUCUGGAGUCAUGUCUGAUGAGUGACCUGAAGCUGGCCCAAGAAGACGAUAUCCGAUUGUUCACGUUUAUAAUGCCAGAUAUCUAUACCAAUUUUCCAAGGAUAGCUAUUGGAAACGCUGAGCUGCUGAAUAUGAUAGUUUCCGCUAUUGAUGGGACACAGCUUCAAGAUCUGAUUUGUCAAAUUCUCCAGGGACACCUAGUUAUGUUCAGGAAGGAUUCCUUUUUGUCUGUUUUGAAUGCCAGCCUGGACUGGGAGACCUUGGAGCAAUACUUUCUGUGGCAGCUCAUCACGGCCCAUAACAUCCCUGUAGAGUACAUCAUGCCAAUACUGCCAAAACUGGACUUCAUGUGUCAUGCAGAAGCCAUGUCCAGUGUGCUGGUUCUGUUGAAGAUGGAAGGACCAUCAGCAGACCUACUGCGGCCAGUCCUUUGCCGCGACUGUAAAAAGCAUGACUUUUUCACAGUAUCUAUCCUCAAGUACUGGGCCCAAGAGUUUGAGGACAAGUUGGCCGAUCUUAUCUUGUCACAGGUGAACAAGCUAAACAGCACACCUAAAAAGAGACAAAGGACUGGGUCAACAGCAUCUUCUAAGAAAGAGAAUGCCAGUGUAGAACAAGUACUGUCACAUCUUGACCACAUGCGACAGGUGUGUCGUAACAUAUCAUUUUUGAACAAUGAAAACAUUCAGCAAGCUUUACAGCAAAUACAGCAGUCUGCCAGUGAAUCUCUCAAGACAAGGUAUGGCGACCUCUUGGCCCUGGCAGAGGACAUAGAGGAUGUGAGAACAACACGAGUGCUGAGAGGACUGCCUGUUAGAAAAGCUGCAAGUGCUAGUGCGGCCAUGGGAAUAGAUAAUCGACUUUGUCGUAUCAACAAAUCAAAGAAACAACCUCAGGACUAUAGUGAUAGUGCUACAGAAAGCAGUGAGGAUGAGGAAAUUAAACCAAGAGCAAAGAAAAGGAAGAAAGCCAUUCCUGUGGGCGAGGACAGUGAGUAGUGGGCAGGAAGCCUGAACUGUGAUAUCAGUGCCUCGGUUACAAAGAUCCGACAAUUUUCUGAAUUUUUUUGGAAAGAACCCCUGCCACUAGAUCUCAAGACUAGGGACGGUGUGGUAUCUUUGUGGAACAUAUUCCUAAUAUUUCAGUGACUGGAGCUUGUAUCUCUAUCAAUUCUCGGCAUGGUCAUUUUACUGGCCAUUCAAGAAGUAUUGAGGCUAGGCAUCAUACAGUGACCAAGUAUUGCAGAUAGAGAUGAUUCAGUCACUGGCAUCCUUGUCUUGGCAGUAUCAGGGCUAGGCAUCCUGCUAUGACUUUCACAGUAUAUAGGCAAUGAAUGGUCCAAUGAAUUGCAGAUUCUUAAAGCAAGGAAAAGUCCCAUGAAUUGCACAGACUUUAAGCUACGGAUGGUCCUGUGGCGUCAUUCGUGUCUCUAUGUCAAGGCUAGGCAUGGUCCAGUGACUGAUGUCUUGGUCACGGUAUCAAGACUUGGAUGGUCCAACAACUGGGAUGUCAUUCGUGUCUCAAUUUUAAGGCUCGGAUGGUCCAAUAAAAUUUGACAUCUUUAGUGUCUCAAUAUCAAGGCUCGGAUGGUACAUCAACUGUAACAUCAUUCGUGUCUCAAUAUCAAGGCUUGGAUGGUCCAUCUACUGUGAUGUCAUUCGUGUCUCAAUAUCAAGGCUGGGAUUGUUCAUCAACUGUGACAUCAUUUGUGUCUCAAUAUCCAGGAUAACGAUGGUAUGGUGACUGCUCUCUGUGUCUCGGUAUAAAAGAUAAGUCCAGUGGCUGUGUGAUCCUUAUCUCAAUAUUAGACCUAGGGAUGGUUGUUACAAUAUUAGGUGAUGUGUGCGACUUAAUUAAAUAAAAUGUUAUAGCCUGUUUUUAACUUUUAAAGUGACAGUGUCACUUAACUCAAUGUGAAAUGAAGCAGUUUCAUGCUGGAUUUCAAUGGUACAUCUGAAAUUUCACACAAUUAUUCCAAUAAAAGGAAAAAUUCUGGAGAUUAAAAACUCCAUACAGUUUUUCAAAGAAUUCACAAAAAAAGUCAUCGACUAUGAACAGGACCGACAGUUACAUUGGGUAUGUGUGACCCUUGAACUUUGACCCUGAAUAUGUAUGUCCUGUCACAGUAGCUGUAUGUGUGACCCUGGAACUUUGACCUUGGAUCAAAUCUUCAGUAACUGUAAACCCACAUGUGUUGACACUGGAGUUUUGACCUUGGAUGAAAAUAUUGGUGACCGUAGCUGUAUGUGUGACCCUGGAACUUAGACGAUGGAUGAAACUAUCAGUAACAGUGAUCAGAUGUGUGUGCGACCCCUGAACUUUGACCUUGGAUGGGGAUAUUAACACUGGUAAUUUGUGUUACUAUGGAACUUUAACUUGAAUUAAGACAUGUGCCCAUUGUCAUGUGUUUACUUGGAACUUUGAUCUAUGAAUUGUUGCCCUAUAUAAAUAUAUAUGGGGUUGUCUAUUGACCAAAAAUAUCUGUUUAGAUCUACACAGUGGUGUACAACUGUAUGUUUCUGUUACUUUGUAAACACACCUGGACAACAGCGGGACAAAUUGAACAUGUUACACAGAGGCAGCAUCUCGUGCAUUUUCAACAUAUUCAAUAUUUCAAUAUUUUCAUAAUAUUAUAUAUACAUUUAGGUAUGUAUAAGUCUAGGCUCAAAGGGCCAAUUAAUAGUAUGCCAAUAUGUAUUUGUCUGUCUGUCUGUCAUCAUUUUCUUUAAGAAUAAUCAAACGUAGUACAAAAGAUUCAGAAGAAGCAUUAUAUUUUGAGGUUCA